AUGAAGUGGAUGAAAUCCAUUUUUUUAAUUUUCCUACUAAAUUUUACUGAAUCCAGAACACUGCAUAGAAAUGCAUAUGGAAUAGCUUCCAUUUUGGAUUCUUCCCAAUGUUCUGCAGAGAUGAAUUUAGUUGAUCUAACUACCAUAUUUUUUGCCCAGUUUGUUCAAGAAGCCACUUAUGAGGAAGUAAGCAAAAUGGUGAAAGAUGUAUUGACUGUAAUUGAGAAAUCCACUGGCAGUGAGCAGUCUGCAGGGUGUUUAGAAAACCAGUUACCUGCCUUUCUGGAAGAAAUCUGCCAUGAGAAGGAAAUCUCUGAAAGGUGUGGACUUUCAGACUGCUGCAGCCAAAGUGAAGAGGAAAGACACAAGUGUUUACUGGCACACAAAAAGGCUGCUCCAGCAUCCAUUCCACCCUUCCAAGUUCCAGAACCUGUCACGAGUUGUAAAGCAUAUGACGAAAAUAGGGAGGCUUUCAUAAACAGGUACAUCUAUGAGAUAUCAAGAAGGCACCCCUUCCUGUAUGCCCCCACGAUUCUUUCUAUGGCUGCUCGCUAUGACAAAAUAAUUCCACUUUGCUGCAAAGCUGAAAAUGCAGUUGAAUGCUUCCAAACAAAGACAGCAUUAAUUACAAAAGAAUUAAGAGAAAGCAGCUUGUUAAAUCAACACUUAUGUGCAGUAAUGAGAAAUUUUGGACCCCGAACCUUCCAAGCCAUAACCGUUACUAAACUGAGCCAAAAGUUUUCCAAAGCUAAUUUUACUGAAAUCCAGAAACUGGUCCUGGAUGUGGCCCACGUUCACAAGGAAUGUUGCAGUGGAAACGUACUGGAGUGUCUGCAGGAUGGGGAAAAAAUUAUGUCAUACAUAUGUUCUCAACAAGAUAUUCUGUCAAACAAAAUAGCAGAGUGCUGCAAACUGCCCAUACUUGAACUUGGUCAAUGCAUAAUUCAUGCAGAAAAUGAUGACAAACCUGAAGGUCUAUCUCCAAAUCUAACCAGGUUUCUAGGAGAUAGAGAUUUCAACCAAUUUUCUUCAGUGGAAAAAAAUAUCUUCUUGGCAAGUUUUGUUCAUGAAUAUUCAAGAAGGCAUCUUGAGCUUGCUGUCCCAGUAAUUUUAAGAGUUGCUAAAGGAUACCAGGAGUUACUGGAGAAGUGUUUCCAGUCUGAAAACCCUUUUGAAUGCCAGGAUAAAGGGGAAGAGGAAUUACAAAAAUACGUCCAGGAGAGCCAAGCAUUGGCGAAGCGAAGCUGUGGCCUCUUCCAGAAAUUAGGAGAAUAUUACUUACAAAAUGCGUUCCUCGUUGCUUACGUGAAGAAAGCCCCUCAGCUGACCUCCUCUGAGCUGAGGGCCUUAACCAGGAAGUCGGCGACCGCCACAGCCACGUGCUGCCAACUCAGUGAGGACAAACAGUUGGCCUGUGGCGAGGGGGCGGCUGAUGUUAUUAUUGGACAAUUAUGUAUCAGACAUGAAGCGACUCCUGUGAACCCUAGUAUUGGCCAGUGCUGCACGUCCUCAUAUGCCAACAGGCGGCCAUGCUUCAGCAGCUUGCUGGCGGAUGGAACCUAUGUCCCUCCACCAUUCUCUGAUGACAAGUUUGUCUUCCACACAGAUCUGUGCCAAGCUCAGGGGGUGGCGCUGCAAACAAUGAAGCAAGAGUUUCUCAUUAACCUUGUGAAGCAAAAGCCACAAAUAACAGAGGAACAACUUGAGGCUGUCAUUGCAGAUUUUUCUGGCCUCUUGGAAAAGUGCUGCCAAGACCAAGGGCAGGAAGCCUGCUUUGCAGAGGAGGGUCCAAAACUGAUUUCAAAGACUCGUGCUGCUUUGGGAGUUUAA